UGGCCGCGGCGCUCCGUCGCGGAAGUAGACGCCAGCGUCUUCGUCACACACAAGACUGCACGGGCGACGGCGCGCAGGGAUACGGCGGGGGACAAAUAUAACGCCGAGCGAUUUGUGAGUCUGAUUUUUUUCGAGGAGGCAUUUUGUGAUGCAAACGUAUUACUGUUUUGAACGCGUAUUGUUUUGAGAAGCCAAACUGCUUACGUGUGAAACCCCAGCGACUACCUGGCUGGAACUACUUCUUCACCACCGAAAUCCGACCGGAACUGGGUUUAGGAGGCCAAGUGGGGCGAGUCGCUGUUGGACUACACUGCUGAAUGGGAUGUCAUGGAACUCCAUGUCAAAAAAUGCCAACUAACAUAAGCAGCUGCGAUUCAUGAGGCUCACUAAGUGCCAGUAAGUUUGCUGCACAAUGUAACACGUGAAUCCGUCAAAAUAACGUUUAUAAAUAUUUUUUAAAGACAUUUAUAACGUCAUCAGCGCAUAUUUACGCUUCUACGCCAGCUGUGUGGCAGGAGGAGGCUGAAGUGUGGCUGCGCUGCGUCACUAAACGUUACGGUAGUCUUGUGCGCAUGUCAGUAACCAUGGAGAUCCGAUGACAACAAGACACGGCGGCCAUCGGCGAAGCUAAGCUCUGAGGAGAACCCCACUCGACGACGGUGUAUUCAGCAGCAGCUUUUGAAGGCGUUUGACAAUAUUUGUGUAAAGGAUGGAGCCCAUAAUGGAGACCGACAGCGAGGAGCUGUCAGAAAGUGAAGACCACGAGGAGGAGGAGGAGAAGGAGGAUGAAGAGGAGAAAGUCAAAGAGUCUCCUCCGAGUGAGUACCUGUCCGCCCCGCUCCUUCCCGACUCGUACAGGCAGAAUUCCCCUGACGAGGUCCGCCUGUUGGCCAUCGCCGACAACUUCCAGCGCCAGUAUCGUCUUCUGUGUCCCGAGCGCAAGCCUCUGCUGCUCUGCCCCGUCAACGAAUGCGGCGUCAAGAAGUUUGUGUCCACCACUCUGCGACCCACCAUGACCAUCCACCCGCAGCUGCUCAGCUGGGAAGGAUGUGCCUCGUUUGUGGCCGACUUCCUGUCUCUGACUCCUCUGGAGCCGCCCGUGGAGCUGCCCAGGUUCUUGUUCUCUGCGACCUCAGUGCUGCACAGUCAGACGGCAACGUGUUUCGAGUACGCCGCCGUCCUGUGCAGUCUUCUGCUGGGCGCCAACUACGACGCCUACUGCGUUAGCGGCUACGCUAGCAAGGAGAUGUGCCUGCUGGACCGGAGCCUGGAAGAGUGCCACCUCAUGGACACCGAGGCUAAGGUCGUGAGCGCCGAGGCGAAGGCCGAGAGUGAAACCGGGCUCAAACUUGAACGGGAGGUAAAGAGUCGCUUCUUGACCAAUCAGGCUAAAAAGGAACAGGAGGAGACGGAGGCCAAAGCCAAGCCGCAUGAGGAGGUUACCCAGCCGCCCGUCGACCCCCUGAACGGUCUGCGGGUCCACUGCUGGGUUCUGGUCCUGGCCGGGUGCCGCAGCGUCCAGGAGAAUUUCUUCAUCGACCCGCUCACGGGAAAGAGCUACGGCACCACGUACGACCACUUCCUGGGGGUGGAGAGCGUGUGGAACAACUUCAACUACUACGUCAACAUGCAGGACUGCAAGGACGGCUGUGCUGAGCUGGUCUAUGACCUUCAUGACAUCAGGCUGUGGGAGCCAGUCUUGUUCGGGGCCACCAGCAAGAGACAACUGUUUCUCAACGUUCUCAAGAGGAAGGAGAUGAAGAUGAUGGGCAUGACUUGGGAGGAAGAGGAGGAGGAAGAGCAGGAGCUUGUGUAUGAGAUGCCAAGGUCCUGGGUCUCUUACAUCAACAUCACCAAACAAGACUUGGAGACACGCUGGCCAGGAAGCAGGAAGCUGACGCGCUACAAGAAAGCCGACCUGGAGACCUUUGCUGCUUACCUGCGGCUGGACGGGCUGGUGACCCGACUGACGGUCUACAAGGACGUGGACUGCACAGAGAAGGUGACGGUGAAAGAAUGGUACCUGGACAGAAACGACCACCUGAAGGAGCGAGAAGUCAACGAGGUCACUGGCAUCACCGUCGAGCGCUUCACGCCAGGACGACAGUUCCACCUCUUAUUCCACAGGUUCACAUCCACGGCAAUAGAGGGCGGCGAGCACGAGAUGGAGUUCAGCGGCGUGCGUGUGGACGGUCUGGUGCGGCGCGUGGACACGCCGCAGGAAAUGACGGAGACCUUCGAGGGCCGCGAGGACUUCCUCUACUACCGCCACGUCGUUUUCGAGCAACCCGUGGAGGCGGAAGACGACGACGACGUCGACCCCGAGCCGGAAGAGCGUCCCCUGCUGAAAGUGGUGGAGCGCUUCCACAGGAACCCAAAGAAGGACGCCAACGAUGACGUGGCCGAGCGAGUGUUCGUGUCCUUCCAGAGGAAGAUAGAGGUGAUGUACCACCUGGAGGAGAACAGGUUCGUACCGUGCGUGAGGACCUUCGUCAAACCGCGGGAGUCGCAUGGCUUCAGGGCCGACAUGGUCUCCGGCUUCCACGUGGACCCGGCUCAGAAAGCUCUGCACACGCUGGCACUGUACGACCUCUUCUCAGCGCUCAUCAAGGCCGAGAAGGACGUCGAGCUACAGAUCAGGAGGUCCAAGAGAGAGGUCAGAGACAUCGUGUCCUGCAGAGAGCAGGAGGAGGCGGACAUUCUUCUUCACUUCUCACCGUGGACCACCACUGGAGCUGCCAAGGCCCGCAAGCAAAGAGAGGAGAUGGAGCGCGUGGCGGCCGAGGAGCAGAGGUGGUUGCAUGAGAAGGAGAAGGACUACCUGGCCCCCUUCCUCAUCCGACUGGGCAACAUCGAGAACGUGAGCGCAGACAAUGCGAGGUGCCUCUACGACGAGUGUCUGAGCGACUUCAAGGCGCGCAUGGUCGUGCAGGCCAGACUCAUCCAGGACCGCCACGACCAGGCGACUCAGGCGCUGCAGAAGAAACAACAGCACUACCAACACAACCAGCUCAACAUGAGCCACCAGGAGGAGAAAGAGUACCAGGCCUUCUGCGCCGAGCACACCUUCCAAAUACACAUCGCCAACGAGCGCCUCAGCAUGCACAAGAAAUCGGUUGCUCAGAGGUACCGUGCACUGGAUCAGAGGCUCAAACAAGACCCACGACUGGCACCUUACCUGCUCAGCUGAACGCUCACACGCUCUCACACACACUAUUUACAUCAGUGUUUACUUGAUGUGUCACUGUGAGUACAAUAAAGUUUGUAAAAGUGAAGUCCAGUUUAUAUGCCAAGACUACAUCAUGGACA